AAAAUGGUCGCAGAGAAGUACAGCCAUGCCGAUCCUGAGCUGAAGCAGGAAUUAAGUACGAUCGCCCGGCAGAUUGUAGGAUCCGGCAGGGGCAUCCUCGCCGCCGACGAGUCAACCGCGACGAUAGGCAAGCGUCUUCAGGACAUCAACGUCGAGAAUAAUGAGGAUAACCGCAGGGCCUACAGACAGCUGCUUUUCACCACAGCGAAGGACGUCAUCAGUCAGCACAUCUCCGGGGUGAUCCUCUUCCACGAGACCCUCUACCAGAAAGCCGACGACGGCACGCCGUUCGUCGAGUUACUGAAGGAGCGUAACAUCAUCCCCGGCAUCAAGGUCGACAAAGGCGUGGUGCCGCUUUUCGGCACGGACAACGAGUGCACGACCCAGGGUCUCGACGACCUGCAGGCGCGCUGCAUCCAGUACAAGAAGGACGGCUGCCACUUCGCCAAGUGGCGAUGCGUGCUGAAGAUCACCAAGGACACGCCGAGCAAGCUCGCGAUCUUGGAGAACGCCAACGUGCUGGCGCGCUACGCCUCUAUCUGCCAGAGCGCCAGGAUCGUGCCGAUCGUGGAGCCUGAGAUCCUGCCCGACGGCGAUCACGAUCUCGCCCGUUGCCAAAAGGUGACGGAAGAGGUCUUGGCGGCCGUUUACAAGGCGCUCUCGGACCACCACGUGUACCUCGAGGGCACUCUGCUGAAGCCCAACAUGGUGACGCCAGGCCAGAGCUGCCCGACGAGAUCGACUCCGCAGGAAAUCGCGGCGGCGACGGUGACCGCGUUGAUGCGCACCGUGCCACCGGCGGUACCCGGCAUCACCUUCCUCAGCGGCGGCCAGUCCGAGGAGGAGGCGUCGGUCAAUCUGGACGCCAUUAACAAGUUCCCGGCGAAGAAACCCUGGGCGCUCACCUUCAGCUACGGCCGCGCUCUUCAAGCCUCCGUGCUCCGCGCCUGGGGUGGCAAAGCCGACCAGGUCGCCGCCGGCCAGGAAGAACUGAUCAAGAGGGCCAAGGCCAACAGCGAGUCAGCGCUCGGCAAGUACGCGGGUGGCGUUAGCGGCGCCGCGGGAGACGCGGCGCUCUUCGUCGCCAACCACGCGUAUUAGGUCGACCCGUAGAAAGAUGCAAAAGAGUACCGUUAAACGCGAGACUAAGUCGCCGAACUGGAAACACCUCGCAGGGUCAUCAUCAUCGCCGUCGUUUCCCAUCGUAUCCGCGCAAAGAAGAAAGAAUUCCACCGGGGAGGAGAGAGGGGAUCAAGGACGAUCCGGACGUACGAAGACGCACCAAGCCUAAAUCAAGAUCGCUCGUCACUAAGCUUUACCGUGACACCGUUUUUCACGGAUAAUUGUGUAUUCCUAAAUCGAGUUUUAACCGGCCGGACUUUCGGUUUCAUCUCUGUCUUCUUUCUCGAGCGAAGUUCGAUCGAUCGAGUAGCGAUCUUAAUUUGAUCCCACGUCAUCCGGUCCGAUUCCGUAACUCGGGCUGAUAUUUUGUACAGCGAAUUCACUCGGAAGAUCGACUGAAAGCUUGCGGGGAACCUCGUGCGGGUUGUCCUGUGCGGCAGCCGAUUUGUCCGACACGGUCAACUUGACCGAGGAGGACCUUGCGAGGAAUGUGUACGAAAUAUCGAGCCGGGAAAUUUCCUUUCCGAUGAGCCUUUGACUUCUUCUCGAUAUUUUUCCUCUCGAUGCGUUUUAUUUUCGCGAUAUCUACGAGAUCCACCGGCAUCGAUGAUCGAAGAAUGAAAAAGAUUCAGGCGUUACGCACCGAUCGCGAACAGAUUUCGCGACACCCGAUAUUACGCGCGAUACGUGAUUAUUAUAUAUUCUGUAACACUACGAGAUAUACAAAGCAGAUAUAAAUAUAAAUAUAUAUAUAUAUAUGUAUAUAUAUAUAUACAUAUAUAUAUUGUCAAUGUCGUUAUACGGUAUUCUACGUGUAAAAAAAAUAAUAACAGCGCACGAAAAAAAAGAACUAAGCAAAAUAAAGCGAAUAAUAAAUGUUGUUUGUUAGCGAAUGAGUCGAGUAUUACAAAAUCGUGCUAUAUUGUGUCAUCUAAUUAUACAAUAUUAUAUGUAUCUUGCAUAGAAAUUCGAGUAAUCUAUAUUUGAAAACUAUCUCGUACGUCAAUGUUAUACCUAAAUAUUUUCAUUGUAAUCUAGGUCACCAAAUACAACUGUGGAGGGCAAAAAAAGA